UAUCGUGGGCUUUAGGCCUACUCACAUAUUUUACCUCGGGUGUGCUCUCCACAUUACUGUUUGUUUACCUUACAUGUUGGCAUUGGGGUGAUGGCUGUAAGGGAUGGGAAUUGUUAUCUAUAUUCCGCAGCCUAUUUUGCAACCAUGAAUAUAAUAUUGGACAUGUUAAUUAUAUAUUUUAUUUUUCUAUGAUAUAUAUAUAAUCAAUUGAACUGAUCGAUGAUAAUUUUGCAUAAUGCAAUCAGUUGGCUCUUAUUGCGCUGCGCGCUCUCACUCAAAGCGCGCGUCCGGGAAUAGAUAAUUGAAUGGAUUUACAGGCACAGCAGCAGCAGCGAGAGAGAGAGGUGCUUAUGUGUGUGUUGUAACUGGAAUAAACAGCGGCGAAGAGCACUGCAGAUCAAGCAGAAUUCAAAUUGAAGGUCUUGCUUGACGUGUUACUCGGCCGUUGGACGUUCUUUGAAGAAACACUGAAGACUUUCAAUAGGCAGUUUCUCAUUUUCUUUCGUUGGAGAGAACAGAGGACCAUAGCUGUGGGGGGGACGGUGGAACAUCUAGGCUGAUGAUCUCAGCCCUCCAGCGUGUACAGACUCAGCAAGAGAGGGCCUGGAGGAGAGAGGCUGGCUGUGGAUCCCGUUGCCAGGCAGGGUACAUUCUCUUGGGGAUGGAAGUAGCAGGACUCCCCUGCGAGCUCCACAGAUCUCCAGGGUGUGAUUGUGUAGAAGAAUAGCCCCGCUGUUCUCUAAUCCCUCAUCUCCUCUCUUCAUCCCUCUCUCCCCCUACCCUGCUUUGUGAAUUGAGGAUGAGUGUGAGGUGGGACUCACACAGAGACAGGGUCAUGUCUAGGUCACUCUUCCUCCUCUUCCUCUGGUCCCUCUGCUCACCCUGUCUGUCUAUCCAUGCGGAGACAGCAGAGAGCCACAGUACGUUUACCUGUGAGCCAAUAGGACUACGGAUGUGCCAGGACCUGCCUUACAACACCACCUUCAUGCCCAACCUCCUCAACCACUACGACCAGCAGACGGCUGCGCUCGCCAUGGAGCCCUUCCACCCCAUGGUGAACCUGCAGUGUUCGGAGGACCUGAGGAUGUUCCUAUGUGCCCUCUACGCUCCAGUCUGUAUGGAGUAUGGCCGUGUGUCCAUGCCCUGCCGAGCCCUGUGCCACCGCGCCAAGAGGGACUGCAACAAACUCAUGGAGAUGUUCGGUGUGACCUGGCCAGACGAGAUAGAGUGUAGCAGUUACCCAGACUGUGACGAGGCCUACCCCCGUACUGUGGACCUGCAAACCAGCGUGGACCCCACAGACAUCUCUCCCAUCUCCAUCCAGAGGGACUACGGCUUCUGGUGCCCCCGCGAGCUCAAGAUGGAGCCUGACCUGGGCUACUCGUUCCUGGGCACGCGCGACUGCUCGGCCCCCUGCCCCAACAUGUACUUCCAGCGCUCGGAGCUCACCUUCGCCCGCUACUUCAUCGGCGUGGUGUCUAUCGUGUGUCUCGCGGCAACGCUCUUCACCUUCCUCACGUUUCUCAUCGACGUCACGAGGUUCCGCUACCCCGAGCGGCCAAUCAUCUUCUACGCCAUCUGCUACAUGAUGGUGUCACUGGUCUUCUUUCUGGGCUUCCUAUUGGAGGACAGUGUGGCGUGCAAUGCGGCAAACCCCGCCCAGUACCGGGCGGCCACCGUCACGCAGGGCUCACACAACAAGGUGUGCUCUCUGUUCUUUAUGGUGCUGUAUUUCUUCACCAUGGCUGGCAGUGUGUGGUGGGUCAUCCUCACCAUCACCUGGUUCCUGGCGGCCGUUCCCAAAUGGGGCAGCGAGGCCAUCGAGAAGAAGGCCCUGCUCUUCCACACCUGCGCUUGGGGCCUGCCCGGCUGCCUCACCGUGGCCCUGCUGGCUCUCAACAAGAUUGAGGGCGACGGUGUGAGUGGGGUGUGCUUCGUAGGCCUCUACGACGUCACAGCGCUGCGCUGGUUCCUGCUAGCACCGCUCUGCCUCAACGUGGCGGUGGGUGUAUCUCUGUUACUGGUGGGCAUCGUGGCACUGAACCGUGUGCGUAUGGAGAUCCCUCUGGAGAAGGAGAACCAGGACAAGCUGGUGAAGUUCAUGAUCCGUAUCGGGGUUUUCUCUGUGCUCUACCUGGUACCUCUGCUCACGGUGAUAUCCUGCUACCUGUAUGAACAGAGCAACAGGGCUGUCUGGGAGAUCACCUGGGUCCAGGAGCACUGCAGAGACUACCACAUACCCUGUCCCUACCAGGUUGAGCAGACCAGUCACCCAGAUCUGACCCUGUUCCUCAUUAAGUACAUGAUGAUGCUGGUGGUGGGGAUUCCUUCGGUUUUCUGGGUAGGCAGCAAGAAGACCUGCUUCGAAUGGGCCAGCUUCCUACAAGGACGCAGACGCAAAGAUAGUGGGGUGAAUGAGAGCAGACAGGUGCUCCAGGAGCCAGACUUUGCCCAAUCUCUACUGAGAGACCCCCACACCCCCAUCAUCAGGAAAUCACGGGGAACCUCCACCCAGGGCACCUCCACCCAUGCCUCUUCCACUCACCUGGCCAUUCUGGAAGAGCCUGAUGACCCUAGACACGCCCCCGACGACCGUGGACCAAUCCACUCUCUGGGCCACGCCUCCUCCAUCCGCAGCAAGGCUGGCAGCAUGCACAGCAAGACCAGUUACCAUGGCAGCCUGCAUCGCUCCCGAGAUGGACGCUACACCCCCUGUAGUUACAGAGGCGGCGAGGAGCAAACAAUACACCCCCACAGCAGCAUGCCUCACCUCGACCAUCCGUUGUCCACUCACAGCAGCCUCCACCGACUGGAAUCCCAAUCACGGCACAGUAGCCAGCGUGAUCUCGUCGUUGCCUCACCCACCUGUAUCACCCACGGGACGAGCGGUGGCCGCGUCGCUAAUGAUGACGAUGGAGCCAGCGCCUGACCAGAAUCAGGAAAUGUCAUCACCGCGGAACAGGAAGUUGUGAGUUGUUGACCCGUUCCCCACCUUUGACAGACACAUACGUUCCUCACAUUCAGGAGGAGGGGUGUGAGGGGGUGUGGCCAUCAGUUUAACUGACAAAUGGAUCACUCCUGGACAGCCUUUCACUGAGGUUGCUAAUUAGCGAGAUGCUAAUUGCUAACCCUCAGUCAAGCAGUUGACAUUGGACUGGGCUCCCUACGGAGAGACUGGUUACAGAGAGCCAGCCCACUAUGGAUGACGUGGGUUGUGUACCGGGGUUGCAACCAAAAUUAUUUUCAUUCCAUUUAACUGUUCCAACCAGAAAAAUAAAGUUAUGAACUGGUUUGAAUCCCCCAAAAAGUAUGUUUUAUAUAGGUCCUUUCUGUUCCUUUUUUAAAUCUCCAAAUUUUUUAUUUUUUAAAAACAUUUAGCUCGACAUUAAAUGACUUCACCAAUGAAUGGAGUAGGUAUGCUAUGUACAUGCAUUGGACAGACAAGUGUUGUGUAGUGUACGAGAUGAGACUGAAAUUUUGCGCGUGAGAAGAGUGCUGGGCAUGAAGAGCUGGGCAUCUUGUUGUUAUGGCAUACAUUAUCUGAAUUAGGCCCACAGAAUUAUACCUACGGAGGAGGAGCUUCUAUGAAGGAACUUUGAAUGUCUUUGAACUUCAGAGAGUUGGGUUGACUAAUGUUGAACCAGAGCUAGCCCUUGACCAUGACUCGUUUCCAUGACAUUACACAUAAUUCCGCCUAGACCAGCGCUAGCGAGCUAGCGAACACGCUUGUGUGUGCAGAGCGGCACCAGAGAUAAAAUGUUUUUUUUAAACUGCAUUUUGUAGUUAAUAAAUCCAAUGUGAAACCUGAUAACUAUCCUUAACUACCAUUGAACAAGUUAAUCCAUUGUUCUCUAAUAAAAAUAUCUGAAUAAUUUUCGCUGGCAGGCAGGCAGACACUGGAAUACGUUUCUGAGUGUCAAAGCGAGGGCUUUGCAUAGGUGCUUGGUUGCAUUUUUUUGUGGGACUGGAAAAAAAAUGCCCGGAAAGUAAAAGAACAUUAUUAACCGGUUCCCAUUCUUUUAAAAUAACGGUUCUGAUCCGGAACAGUAUAGAUCACUUUCGUUCUCGGUUCUGUCCCUUGAAAUGUUUAGUUCUUUUACGGUUUUUGGUUCUGUUCCCUGAACUGGUUCCAACCCCUGGUUGUGUGUGUACUCUGAUACACACAAAGCAAUUAGGAGAUGAGCUGUCAAUGUCUGUGUUACGGUGCUCUUGUGCUGUGGCUGUGAAACUACUAUUAUUAUUUUUUCUACUGUGAAGAUUGGCUGUGAAUACUGCUGAAAAGAUGAGCGACGAGUAUUUGUGUGCUUGCGUGUGUACAUGCAGUGCGGUACAUUAAACCGCGUUAUACUCCCACCAGGUGGAGAAAAAGGAGAGGAACGUAUAAGAGAGGAAGCGAAGAAAGCUAGGGGAGAAGGUGUAGCUUUGAAACAACCCUUAGGCACUCCUGUUUUCAAAAGGUCAUUCCUUCACCUUGCCUUCGGAUGGGCUCGGUGGAAUUCAUACCAUAUUGCUCCUGGAGUUCAUUGGGAAUAGUUUCAAUUUGGCAUUCAGAAAGCUACGGAAGAAUGAUCGGAAGGAAAGGGAGGGAGGGCGCUCAGUUUGCUGCUGCUCCAGGGCUUUGCAGAGGAAUGUGUGGGGGACUUAUUAAGGGGGGUGGGAUUUGUGGGGAGGGGGGAUGUACAUAGUCUUUACUACUGACAAGAGGGCUCUGUGAAACGACAGAGGGCCUGUUCCCCCAACACUGGAAUAAAGGACUACUAGAGGAAUACACCGGGGAGGAGGAAAGGAGAGGGGGAAGAAAGAAAAAUGUAUUAUAAGGGAAAGAUGGCGCUUUGAUCCUGUUUCUCUUUCUUGCGUUCUCUCUUUUUUUUCGUAUCUGUCUCUCACUAAUGCACAUACAACUAUGUAGUGCUCCCCAUCAUGGCCUUAGUGUUCUCAUCACCACGAGGGACUUUUCUCACAACCCCUUAAAAUCUCUCAGCCUACCUCACCUCUACCCCCAGCCUUACCUGUGAACACCACACACACCCACCACAAUGUACAAUAAACCCACCCUUGCCUCUAACCCAGCCUACCUCAUCAGUCCAGAGGUACCUUCAACCAUGCCUGCCUCUCCCCAGUCACCUGAUUGCUGCUUCUGCUAUUGUGUCUUAAUAUUUCACUGCUGCUCGUGUGUGUGUGUGUGUGUGUGUGUGUGUGUGUGUGUGUGUGUGUGUGUGGAAACUGUCUCCUGACUUCUACUUUGGUGUUUUUCCACCUAAUGCUUCACCACAAGGAAUUGCUCGUCAAGGACUUGUCCACUGGGCGCCUCAAGAUACAUGUGCUUCUGCCUGUCUGUCUUUCUGUUGUGUGUUGUUGAGCAAGGUAACAUAUUUUGGCAUGUCUAUCAGGGAUUGGUUUUGUCAAUUGCAUUGUAAACAAUUACAUUAUGAAGUUCCCAUGUUUCCAGUACCAUGUAAAAAUGUAGGCUUACAGUAAAGAAAAUUGACGGUGCUUGUGUGUGUAAAGAAGUGCUCUGCGUGUGGAUUCAGACACUUAAAUUCCCUUCUGUGCCUGCUUGUUUGUCUGACUGUGCUCCAGUUGCCUCCUCACUCUCACUCACCUUCAGUCGCCUAAGCUCUUGGCCUUAACUCUGGUCCUGGAGUGACCAGGUGUUGCAGGGUUUAGUUCCAACCAGGCACCAUAUCUCUUAUCACCUCUCCAAUUGAGUUAAUUGAUCGAUAUCUGAUUGACUAUAUUUCACCUUCAUGUCUCCUAGGUCUGAAGCAAAAAAAAUGUCAACUCAAAAACCUGCAGCAUUCCAAGACCCGGGUUUUCUACCCCCACACUAGGGGAUUGGAACGAUAGCUUACUCUGUAUUCGGGAUGAGGGAAAUGUUGUACCUAGUUCCGCUUGCUCUCUCUCUGCUCUCUCUGUACAUAUCACAGCUUUCCUAUAGGAAGAAAAUAAAAGAUAGAGCACUUUAACUGUGGUUAGCUCUGUCUGAAUGUGUAUAGAUGUCAAGUACAGUUAUAGAGUUAUGCAAGAAUUGAAAUAAAGCUUUUUGUAUGAAAUGUG